AUGACUGAAAAAUUCUAUGGAGAUUCCAACAUGAGAUUGGUAUCUACUCCUAACAUAACUAAACAAGCAGUCUUUUCCUUUACUUUUGUUAAUAACUUUACCCUCAUCUCUUUAGACCCCCCAUUUUUCAGAUUUUUUGUAUCCAUCCUUUUUUCCAUUCACGGAAAUUUUAGUCAGGCCAACUUUAAAUCUAGCUUGGACAUUGAGUUUAAAAAAAUCUCAGUGGGUGUUUAUUAUAUCCGAGCCAAUAGAGAAUUACAACAUGACUUUAUGAAUAUGUACACCAAAAAACAUGCUGAGAUGAAAAAUUGCUCUAAAUAUCCACAUGUAACCAUGAACCUUCACACAAGGGUAUUCAGGGUCAUUUCUCCAGUGAAUGUUACUAUUGAGGAUAAUCCCAAUAAUUGA